GAGGCUGCAUCUCCUGCCCCCACCCCUCACCCACUGUCACGGGGACAGAGCUUCCGCUGCCUGCACUUGAUGAACCAAGGACAUAGGUGGGGGUCCAGGCCUAGAACAGGACAGGGAUGGCCUCUCCUUGCAGCUCCCCUGCCAGCUUCCUGACCCAGCCCACGGGCAGCAGGACGCCCUCUUCAGCCCUCCAGCAUCCCCUCCCCGCCUCACUCUUCCCGUAAGCUUGGGGUGUCCUGGGGGAGCCCCUUGGAUUCUGCUCUUUCUCCUAAGUCCCGCCUCCCCCACCAGAGCAACAUGGUCUGCUCAGCCCCUAACUCACAGGCCUCUCCCCUCCCCACCUAUCUGGGGCCCUUUCAUCACCCAGUUCCAAGGACCCCUUCUGUGCCAGGGGAGGUAAUCUUACCCCCAGCUCACCCUGGGAAAUCCUGCCAUUUCUUCGCCAUUUCAAAUCAGCCUGGAAGCCAGAAGCCAGGUGGGCCACCUCAAGGCCAGGCUUGGCUGAGCGGUCACAGGGAGGAGCCCAGGCUUGAGGGCAGCUGAAGGGUGGACCCUGCCAGACAGCUUCAAACUGAGGGUCCCAAGCAGGGAUGGGUUACCCAAAGUAAGCAAGGUGGGAACGGGCUGACCUGUGCUUACUAACAUGUAGUGCACAACUUCACCUGUUUUUCACAUUUUUGAUGUGGUGACGCGCUUGUGAAAUCAUUCACUACGGAUUAGUAAGUAAGCACAAUUAAGCCCUUGCAUACAUUGCUUACUGGCUAAUUUACUCCUGGUCCCGUCACUUCUCUGCCUGGGGUGGCUCACACUCAGGCCUCCACUCUGGCCUCCCCCCCAUCAGAUCAUUAUAAAGCAGAAAUCAUAUCACUCUUCUGCUUGAACCUCCCAGAUAAAGUCGCUUUCUCACCAGGGCCUGUGAGGAAGGCCCUUCCACUCCCCUCCUCGCCCAGACUUCUCUGAUGGACUCUCCCUCAGGCCCCUAUUUGGCAGUCUCGCUGGCCAUUGUUCUGGUCCUUGACCCCACCCACAUCACCACCCCCGCCUGGGCCUUUGCACCAGCUGUGCCCUCUGCCUGGGAUGGCCCUUCCCUGUGAUCUCCACGGGAUUGGUUCCCUUGAGCUAUCAAGUGUCCGUUUAGGUGGCAGGUGCUCAGUGUUCUGGUCUGACAACCACCUCCAGCUUGUCCCAGCCUCUCCGCAUAGCAGCUCCUUGUAAUAGUGACCUCUCCGCAUCCAAGCUGAGGGGCCCUUGUUUAUUUAUUUCCACAUAUAGGGUUACCUAGUACUUUAAAAAAAAUUUUUGUUGUUGUUGUUUUUAAUUGUGCUUUAGGUGAAACUUUACAGGCCAAAUUAGUUUCUCAUUCAAAAAUUUAAUAUACAAAUUGUUUUGUGACAUUAGUUGCAAUCCCAGGAAAGGGUCAGCACUCCCCCCCUUUCCACCCUGGGUUCCCCGUGUCCAUUUGUCCAGUCUUCCUGUCCCUUCCUGCCUUCUUGUCUUUGCUUUUGGGCAGGUGUUGCCCAUUUGGUCUAGUAUACUUGAUCUAAAACACACAUUCCACAUGUGUGUUAUUGUAUGUUUUAUAGAUCUGUCUAACAUUUAGCUAGGAAACUCUGGUGGUGUAGUGAUUAAAACUAUGGGUGCUAACUAAAACGUUGGCAGUUUGAAUUCACCAGGCACUCCUUGGGAACUCUCUGGGGCAGUUCUCCUCUGUCCUAUAGGGUCGCUAUAGUCGGAAUUGACUCAAGGGCAAUCUCUGGCUGAAAGGUGAACUUCAGGAGUGGCUUCAGUUCUGAGUUAGCAGGGUGUCCGUGGGCCACAGUCUCAGGGCUGAGCCUUGUUUAUUUGCUGACUGGUUUAUGAUCUCUCCUUCCAACCCCCAGCAUGUGGCAGGCGAGCAGAGGAACAGGGACCUGCCUCUCCUAUCCCCACUGCAUCCCCGGAGGCUGGCACACGGUGUCCCUCUGACCUCAUUGGAUGAGGUGUGGUCGGCUGCAGGGGCUGGUGAACCCGAGACUGGCAGGUCACAGUGCAGGACUCUUGCUCACAGGCUGUGAAGAUCGACGAAUCCCAAAAUCAGCAGGUGUGUACCAGGUGAGACCAGCAGAUGUCCCGCCUGCGAGAGCUCAAGAGCAGCCAGUCUCAUUCAGAUCAGAUCAACCAACCCCGUUCAGUGUCGCCCGCUCCCCCCCACCCCAACCCGGCCUGGGUGAAGGGCCUGCCCCUCGCAGGGGCUCAGAAAGUGCCGAGGGGACCAGGGAGGGGCCAGCUCAGUGCCGAGCCCCCUACGACAAAAAGCCCGGGCCACCAGGGACGCCUAGGCAGUGAUGUCCAGGUGAGGACCUACCUGCUCCCCAAGCCCCUCCCCAGCAGAGCUGCGGGCGCAGAUACCCGGCGCUUUAGGGCGGCCGGGACCACCUGGGAGGGAGCGCGCCUGCGCAGACAACCUGUGGGCGGUGCACCCCGCAGGAUGGGUGGGCAACGUAGAGAGGGGCUUUCAGAGUCGCGGGUACAGGAACACCAACACUGGGAACGGCAACCCAGCUGAGGGACUUGGCCCGGCCCAGCAAGAGACGAGGGAGGCUGAGAACAACGGGGUAGUGUGCAGAGACGCUCGCUUAACGCCGGUGGACGUGACGGUGCCGCCGGGAAGGAGGAGCACUGGAGGUCUUCCUGGAGGAGGGGGUGCUCAACCCAGCAAGUCCGGGAGACCCAGGAGGGGGCGGGGGAGGGGCUCGAGAAGGGAAAUCGCGGACCGAUGAUGUCUGGUUUGUUGUGUAGGAAAGGUCUCUCUCUGGCCACCGUCAUGGCGAAAACACACGGGCCGGGAGGACCCAAGCGGGAAGCUAGGGGGACUGGCGUGUCCAGGAGGGGAACGAGGCCUGAACUCGGACAGGACCCCGGGGUGCGGGAGGGCACGGGGGAGGAGGGCGUGAUGGAGAGGAGCCGCAGGAGACAGCGUCCACAGGGGUAGUGACCAGACUGUGACCCGGGAAGGACUGGAAUUGUUCAUCUGCCCCAAGUCCAGACUGAACGCCUGCCUGGCCAGCCACUCUCCCACCUAUGGGAGCCAGAGGGAGAGAGAUGGGCUACCCGGCCUGUCCAUUCAUGUCUCCAGGACACAGACGGCUGGGCCAGGACUGUGGCAAGACAUUAGCACUGGACUCGGUGCCCCAUCUGGGUCAGGGGUGGCCCUGAGGCCCCUGGGUCAAUCUGACUCUUACCUUCCUGGGCCCAAGGUCCCCACACUCCCUCAAGGGGAAGGGAAAAUAGCUUGGCUGGGGGUUGGGGGCAGGGGACCCAGCCCUCCUCCCUCCUUCCUGGCCGCCCCUCGCACUCCGCACGGGACCCCUCCUCUCACCUGCCCUGUGACAGUGGGGUCCCCAGGCUACAGUGUGGAGCACCUUCAAUUCUGAGGAUACCUAGGGCCCCCCAGGCAGGCCUGGCCUGUGAAGCUGUGCCCCCUUUGCCCUGGAAGAUUCAGUGGGGGCAACUAAGACCCCCAACCAGGGGAGCGAGCCAUGGGUACCCCCACCACCCUGUCCUUCAAACUCUGACCCUCAGGCCACCUGACUGUUGGGACCCUGGGUGUAGGGUCCCAGGUUCAGGCUUUGGCACAGACCUUAAAUUAGACAUGUUCAGCAUUUGUACAAGGAGAGCCCCUAAGGGUGGGCAGGGGAUUCUACAGGGCAUGGGGUUGGGGGAUUGGGCAGCCCUGUGGGCAGAGUCAAGGGCCUGAGAGGCCUGGGGCCCAUGAGGUGGGUAGAGGGUGGGGAGGGUGAAGGCCUGGGGUCCUCGAGGCCUCUCCAGGUGGCAGUCAGGGAGGUGGAGCAGGAGCUGACCCUGUGGACAAGGUGUCAAGGACUGUCAGGAAGCAGGAAGGAUGGGGCUCUGGGUGGGUCAGGAUGGAGCUGACCCUGUGGACAAGGCAUCAGGGAUGGUCAGGAAGCAGAAAGGGCAAGGCCCCCGGUGGGGGGUGGAUCAGGACAGUCCUGACCCUGUGGACAAGGCAUCAGGGAUGGUCAGGAAGCAGGAAGGAUGGAGCUCUGGGUGGGUCAGGAUGGAGCUGACCCUGAGGACAAGGUGUCAGGGAUGGUCAGGAAGCAGAAACGGCAAGGCCCCUGGCGGGGGGUGGAUCAGGACAGACCUGACCCUGUGGACAAGGCAUCAGGGAUAGGCAGGAAGCAGGAAUGAGGGGGCUCCUGGUGGGCAGGUCAUGACGAACCCAGGUAUGUGCCUGGCAUGGGGCUCCUGGGAGGGGACAGCCUAAGAACUCCCAAAUGAGUCCAUGCUGUCACUGCAGAUGGGGAAACUGAGGCUCGGAGAGCAGUAGGUGGUUGCUCAAGGUCUCAUCCAUCAGGAAGGGGCUCCUACCCCAUGGGCACAGCUGGGUGUCGACCAGCUUCCAGGGGAGUCUCCUGUCCACUUGGGUUUGAGGCCCAGAAAUGGGGCUAAACAACCCCUGAGCCUGCCUGUCCACCUCCCAUUACCUGAGCCCCUGUCACAGCCACGGCCCAGAGUGUCCCACUUUACCCGUCCACAGCCCAGAGUGUCCCACCUCACCUGUCCACUAGGACAGGCACCGGUGCUGCCCAGUCUGGAGGACCCAGAGGAGUCAAUGGGCCUGCACUGUGGGCGGGCCUCCACAGAUGUUUGAUUCCUGAGACAGGUCAAGGAGCUGCCCCAAAAGACCAAGUCAGGGGUUCUCCCUCCAUGACUGGGGAGGGGAGAAGUAGAGGGAGUCCCAGGGAGGGAAGAGAGGGCCGUGAGAGAACCAAGCCCAGGGUCUCAGGCAGACAGCAGAUGGGAACUAGGACCCAAUGCCCAGGCAGGUCCAGACACAGCAGAGGCUGGGGCAUGGGGAGUGAGCUCCUCCUUAGAGGGAAGGAGAGAGACACGGGGGUGGGGGAAGAUGGGAGCACGUGGGGCAGGGUCUUCCUAGGGAAGGUCACAUCAACCUAGGAGAGGCUCAAGACAGAGACAGAGAGACAGACAGAGACACAGAGAGGGCCCUCAGAGACCAUGGACCCUUCCCGCGCCCCAUGUCAAGUCCUGGUGCCCAGAAGUAGGCUGGAGAGGCAACCGGGGUGGAGAUGAGCUCUGGACACAGCCCACUGAGACAGGUCUGCCCCAUGACAGGGUUGGGAUGGGACCUCCCAGAUCCAUAGAUCCAGUUCCCUGAGCAUGAACACAGCUGUGUCCAGGACACUCACUGUCCCUUCUCCCUACCACACCACGGGUGACCCAAACCCAGAUGACGAAGCCAGAGCAGUUGGAAGUUGGUUAUCAGUGAUGUUGUCCAUGAGAUGAGAAGUCCAGGAACAAUCAGGGCCUCCAGUCCAUUCAUUCUGGUUCAAACCCCUGCUGAGAGUUUGCAUUUCCACCCCAGGUCCACUGCAGCAGAACCCAUGUCUUAACAAGAUCCCGGGUGAUUCUUAUUCACCAGGGAUCCGAUCCCCCCUGCACCCCCCACCCCCGCCAAUGAAUGGAUAUGAAGUGAGGCAGACCCCCAACGGUGCUGCUGUCCUUACCUGGCUUCCUCCCCUACUGCAGAAUGGUUUCUUUUGCCAGGCUGCCCCUUCAGCUCUGCACCUGAAUCCUGCUUUUGUUUGGAGGUUGUAUGUAAACCCCACUGCACCUCCGCAGUAGGAUUAAGGAUGUUGCUCAGGUAACUAGUAUGAACUCCCUGCUUGUAAACCGUUUUAAAAAUAACCUGCCUGCCCGCCCUCGGUGAGCGGUCUUGGCAGCAGUAAGCAACUCUGUUACCUGAUUAGGGUCCGUGCUCUCUGGAGCAGUCGAGCCAACGAGACAUACUCCAAGUCAGAAAGAGUGAGAAAGUUUAUUAAGGAGAUGCAUACAUCACCAGGGACCCAGCAGCAACACAGCUGUCUCUGUGGAGUCCCAAGGAGCAGUUCUACAUUAGAGCUUAUAUAGAAUCUUACAGGGGUUACAAGUGUCUUUGUAGUCCCCUGCCAGACAUUUCUUUAUUAGGCUAAAGACAUACCUAUCUGGUACCUGGGCUCCAACUUUCCUGUGGGGGUUGUAUGCCACAGGUAGUCCCACCAGAACGAAUGGUUAUUUGCAUUGGUUUAAAACCAAGAACAAAGUCAUUAACAUCUGGUCAAAACAAAGUCAUUAACAGAGGUAUGUGAGGAGGCAGGCAGAGGAAGAACAACUUAUAGAUUUAUCACAGCCUUAGUUAUGUUAAGCUCUCAGUUGCCUAUUUUGAAAAAGGAGAAAAUAUGCUGGGGAGUAUUGGGGUCACACCGCUGACUCCAUUUCCUUGUACAACAAAAUAAAGGCGCCUUUUUGUUCUCCCACCGCGGCCUCUCGUUUAUUGGCCAAUACGAGUCAUGUCGAGUAAGAAACUGGGAUUUCCACCCAGUAACAGAAGCCUGGUUGUUAUGGAUUUGGUUUGUUCUGGUUCAAAAUCCUGAACAAGCCCUCCAGCACACAGGUGCAGAGUGGUGGCUCCCAAUUUGAUCAGUCAAACCCGGAGGCAUGACCCAGUCGGCUCAGGUGGGAGCAGGCCAGGCCAUGGUUCCCAGCUGCCCAGGUGAUGGUACAAUGCAGGGACUGAGAAGCACUGCCUGUCCUGGACAGAAGGUAAGCAGAGAAGGGGCUCCCAGCGCAUGGGGCUCGUGCUCUGGAGGAGGGGAUUGGACAUCAGGAAGUAAGCAAGACUCACUUAUUCACCAGGUAGCAGAAACACAUUCAAACGUGAAAGACACUGAAGGUUCUAGAGAAAACAAAGAGCAGCUCCCAGGCCCCCACAGCCAGGGCAGGCACCUAAAAGGUCAAAGAGUUUACCCCUAACCCAGUGAGGAGUAGCCCCCAAAUUGGGGGGCUCUCUGCCCUCAGGGGCCGGUCUACCUGUCCACUCCUACCUGUGCUGCAAGGCGCCCAGGACCAGGCCCUACUGUUUGCGGGAGCAGACGGGGGCUUCCAGGGCAGAUCCAGCCCAUACGUUGCUGACUCAGGGCCAGGGAUGGGGAGAGCUGGGGAGCACAGGGACCCCAGCCUCAGACCACA